AUGGAUCAGUUUUUUGACUUCAUUGAUGAGCACCUUCUCAUUGAUCUACCAAUGGAAGGUGCGACCUAUACUUGGUCUAGUGGUGGAGACCCAGUUACUCUCUCAAGAUUGGAUAGAUUUUUAAUCUCUGGGGAGUGGGAAGAAAAAUUCCCAGAUGUUGUUCAGGCGGUAUUAGAAAGGAUUACCUCUGAUCAUGUUCCUUUAGUUUUGGAUUGUGGGGGUUUGUGUUCUCGGAAAACCCCAUUCCGUUUUGAGAAUAUGUGGCUGAGAGUGGAGGACUUCCAAGGGACAGUUCGUUCAUGGUGGGAGGGAGCGAUCGUGACAGGUGCACCCAGCUUUAUAUUAACACAUAAAAUAAGAGCUCUCAAACUCGCUCUUAAUCAUUGGAAUAAGGAUGUUUUUGGGAACCUUGAAUCGAGGAAGAAUAGAGUCUUUGCUGAUUUUUCUGAGAUUGAUCGGCUAGAGGAGGCGGGUGGGAAUGUGGAGUCUCUUUGUACUAGGAGAGCUUCCUGUCCGGCAGUUCUAGCUGAGAUUGUUUGUAUGGAGGAGAUUUCGUGGCGACAAAAAUCCAAGGCUCUUUGGCUGAAAGAGGGAGACCGUAACACAAAAAUUUUCCACAGACUUGCUAAUGCCCACAAAAGGAGUAAUCACAUAAGACGUAUACAGGUAGAAGGCGUGGAGUUGUGGAGGGAGGAAGAGGUGCGUAGCGGGAUCGUGUCUUUUUAUCAGAAGCUUUAUACAGAACCUUUAGGUUGGCGACCCAAGCUUGAUGGUCUUCCUUUUAAGGCUAUUUCUAGGAUGGAGAGAGAUGGGCUAGAGCUUCCUUUUACUGAAGAAGAAGUUCUAAAGGCCUUAUCCAGUUACAAUGGGGAUAAAGCCCCGGGGCCUGACAGGUUUACUAUGCGUUUUUUGUUGGAAAGUUGGGCAGUUGUGAAAAAUGAAGUGAUGAGCACCUUUCAAAAGUUUCAUUCUACAAGUGUAUUUGAGAAAUCGCUUAAUGCAUCAUUUAUUUCCCUCAUCCCUAAGAAUGGAAACUGA